UUCCUGUGACGUCAUAAACCGGAAGUUCUUGUAGCAUGACUGCUGUUGUUGACACUGAGCACCCAUAGCAAUACAGUAACGCUGCAGUUUGGUAGAUGUUCGUGUUUUAAAACACGAGAGCUGAUCACCUGAUUAUACCGUAAUGUUAAUUCGGUUUUAAUGUACCUUUUUGUUACCUGGUUGUCAGUUUAGUCUCCGCUGAAGCUGCUAACUUUGCGACGUAGCUAGCACAGGAGGCUAGCCUUUAAGGGAGGAAGUUAGCUAAUUAGGACACCAUGGAAAGAAGAUUUAAGUCCAGCCAAUAGAAUUAACGGAACACUUUGUAUUUGUAUUUUAUUGAAUUUUAUCUUUCUGCUUGAAAGUGUUCGGAACAACAUUUAGAACACGAUGGCGAUGGAACUGGACGUGUUUGUGGGUAACACCACUAUCAUGGAUGAGGAGGUUUACCAGCUCUGGUUGGAUGGAUACACAGUGAAUGAUGCAGUAAAGGUACGAAUGGAAGGAGGAGUGCUGGAGGAGUGUGAGGCGAGUGCAGAUGUUCUCCUGAGUGACACAAUGGACCAGUACAGGACUUUCCAGAUGUGUGAGCGUCUGCUGCACAGUCCGUCCAAACUAGCCAACCAGCUGCUGUUCCAGAUCCCACCUCAUCGACAAGCCAUGCUCAUAGAGAGGUACUACGCCUUUGACGAUGCAUUUGUCCGAGAGGUCCUGGGAAAGAAACUCUCCAAAGGAACCAAGAAGGACUUGGAUGAUAUCAGCGCCAAGACAGGUGUGACGCUGAAGAGCUGCAGGCGGCAGUUUGACAACUUCAAACGUGUUUUCAAAGUUGUGGAAGAGCUGAAGGGACCCCUGGUGGAGAACAUACGUCACCACUUUAUUCUUUCGGACAAGCUUGCAAGGGAUUACGCUGCCAUUGUUUUCUUUGCCAACAAUCGCUUUGAGACGGGGAAAAGAAAACUACAAUAUCUCACAUUCCAGGACUUUGCUUUCUGUGCUGGGCAGCUUAUCAACAACUGGACUGUUGGGGCUGUUGUCUUCUUUGUAGAUAACAUGGUGGAAGACAUGGACGUGGAUCUCGAUAAAGAGUUUUUACAAGAUUUGAAAGAACUGAAAGUUUUAAUCACUGACAAAGAUCUGCUGGAUCAACACAAAAGUCUAGUCUGCACAGCUCUCAGAGGGAAGACAAAAGUUUUUAAUGAGAUGGAGGCUAAUUUCAAGAAUCUUUCCAGAAGCCUUGUCAACAUCGCCGCAAAGUUAACCAACACAAAAGAUGUCAGAGAUUUCUUCAUUGAUCUCGUGGAGAAGUUUAUUGAGCCAUGCCGUUCAGACCGAUGGACAGCUGCGGACAUGAGACUCUACCUCACUCACUACAACAACUCCGCACACAUACUUGACACAUUCAAACAUCAGGCCGUGUGGGACCGAUACAUGGGCGUCAUCAAAAGCUGCAUCUUCAAAAUGUAUCACGACUGAAGCGAUUUCUCUGCGCCUCGCCCCUCAUUUCUUCUUCCCCACUCUUUCCCUCGGUUUGUUUUCUGGCUGUUCCCCCACUGCUGAGGCCGUUAUCUUUAGCCCUCUGCUUCAUGCUUUCUCUGUUUCGUUUUGUCAGCGGCGAUGAAUUCUGCUUCUCCAGUUCCCAUUAUCGCCUUCAGACACCAUGUGUGCUCACAUAGUCUCUGCACUGUCUGUAAAUUUGGAUUGUAAAUAAAAAUGAACAUAUUUACAUCAAAAUGUCA